GCUGUUGGGGAUCCUGGCCUCUACAGCCUUGCUUUGCCAAGGAUUCGCAGGGAGUCCUUUGGCCAGUCACUUUCCUUUUCUGAGCCCGUUUCUGGCCCAGAUCCAAGAACCAUCGAUUCCUUCCUUCCUUCAACUGACGUUUAUCAGGUGCCUGCUGACGGCCGACCCCUGUAGCUGACCGCCCACAGGCUCUAACCAGGUCGGACCUUCGGGGUCUUGUGUGCUCCCCCAGGGGGCGCUAGGGGACCCACAGCGAGGCGGCGGCUCGGGCAGGACGAGGCGUCUGGGUCCCGAGACUCCUCAGGGCGCUGGACAAAGGAUGACCGCCAGAAUUGCAGAUUUCCAGGAUGUCCUGAGGGAGCCCAAAAUUGCACUGGGGAAGCUUAGAGAACUCAGUUUCAGUGGGAUCCCUUGUGAGGGUGGACUGCGCUGCCUUUGCUGGAAGAUUCUUUUGAACUACCUCCCCUUGGAGAGGGCCUCAUGGACCUCCAUCCUGGCCAAGCAGAGGGAGCUGUAUUCCCAGUUCCUGAGAGAAAUGAUCAUUCAGCCUGGCAUAGCCAAAGCUAACCUGGGUGUAUCUAGAGAGGAUGUCACUUUCGAAGACCAUCCACUCAAUCCGAGCCCUGAUAGUCGGUGGAACACCUACUUCAAGGACAAUGAGGUGUUACUGCAGAUAGACAAAGAUGUCCGGAGACUGUGCCCAGACAUAUCCUUUUUCCAGAGGCCUACAGAUUACCCAUGCCUCCUCAUCCUGGACCCUCAGAAUGAAUUUGAAACGCUCCGCAAGCGGGUGGAACAGACCACCUUGAAGUCACAGACAGUGGCAAAAAACCGGAGCGGAGUCACCAACAUGAGCUCACCUCAUAAGAGCCCAGCCCCAAAUUCACUAAGUGAGUAUCAAGUGUUGCCCAAUGGUUGUGAAGCCCAUUGGGAAGUGGUGGAGCGAAUUCUGUUCAUCUAUGCGAAGCUGAACCCAGGCAUUGCUUACGUCCAGGGUAUGAAUGAAAUCGUGGGGCCUCUCUACUACACCUUUGCCACAGAUCCCAAUAGCGAAUGGAAAGAACAUGCCGAGGCAGACACAUUUUUCUGCUUCACCAACCUGAUGUCUGAGAUCCGGGACAACUUCAUCAAGAGCCUGGAUGACUCCCAGUGUGGCAUCACCUACAAGAUGGAAAAAGUGUACUCCACCCUGAAGGAGAAGGAUGUGGAGCUCUACUUGAAGCUGCAAGAGCAAAACAUCAAGCCACAGUUCUUUGCUUUCCGGUGGCUGACGCUGCUGCUGUCCCAGGAGUUCCUGCUUCCUGAUGUCAUCCGAAUUUGGGAUACCCUCUUCGCUGAUGACAACCGAUUUGACUUCCUCCUCCUCGUCUGCUGCGCCAUGUUGAUGUUGAUCCGAGAGCAGUUAUUGGGAGGGGAUUUCACCUUGAACAUGAGGCUGCUUCAGGAUUACCCCAUCACGGAUGUUCACCACAUCCUACAGAAAGCCAAGGAGCUCCAGGACUCGAAGUAGGCUGGUAGCAGAAAGGCUCAGGACUCCACCUACCUAAGGAAAGGCCCUGUGGUCAGGGCUGAAUCUGUGUCAGCCCUUGGAGACUCCCAGAUGCCUCCGCUUUGCCUGGAGCUGUUGGGCCAGUAGAGUUCAAGCUGAUUGAAUACCCUGCUCCAGGUGUCACUCAUCCACAUGACCUAAUCAGCACCUCAGAAGCAGCUCCAUUCUUUUAUAAUUGUAUUUUAUUUUCCUAGUUUGACUUUUCAUUAUCUGUCUAAUGUCUCCCAUUCCCUUCUCAAUCUCCCUACCCUACUCCACACUCCACACCCUUUCAUCGAUUUCCUCCAGGCCAUUUCAGGAUUGGAGCCAUCCAGGCUCACUUUCUUUGGAAGGAUUCUGUUGGGUGAGUGGUCUGCCUAGAGGUUGAUAUGGGUCCUUUCACGUCUCUGUCUCCGUAUCUUUCCCUCAGUCCUGCUGCUGGGGAUCAUAACUACUGCUUUUCCUGCUUCUGGAUCUGCCUCACCAUAUGUCCUGGGGGUGGAGGUGGAAAAGUAAAGAAUUGUCCAGAGACCCUUCAUCCUUCCUCCUAGCAGGGGCUUUGAAAACUCCUUCCCUGAGAAAGCAACACUAGAAAGAACCAAGAGGCUGAUAAGUGAGGAGCUGCUUUUUGCUCUCUGUAUUUAUUUCUUCCCUCUCUCUCUCACUCUUCUGUUUUGCCUUAUUUCAGGGCUAUUUUCCCCACCAAUUUUAUCAAAGGAAUUAGUUGAAUAGAAUCUCCAGGUAGUGAAUCACCUGAUGACACUAAGAGCUCAUUUCCAGGGAGCCAAGGACAGUGGUAGUGCUAGGGAGCUUAGACUUUGCUUGCAUGACUGUGCAGGUUCAGAACCUUGGAUAUCUCUUGCACCCUUGAGCUCCUCACCUUCAAACCUCUGCCCACUAUGUUUUGGCAGGCUCACAGUGUUUUCUGAGUUUGGCAGGCCCAGGGUCCCUUCACUGCUCAAUUAAAGAUCUCUGUCUUGAGAACAAGAGUCACUAAGUUUUGCCCUACGGAUGUUUUGAGCCUAACACCACCCAGAAAAUCUUUGUUGCCUCACCUCCCUUAGGUCUCUUUGUCUUUAGAACCCUAGAAUGCUACCACUUGCCUGGAAAGGGCUCAGAGGUGGAAGGCAGGGACCUAGGGAUAUGGAAAGCAGUGCAUCUUGUUUCUUCAGUUUAGAUCCAGGGUUUUAACUGGAAAUGAGAAUUUUUAAUAGAAAAAUGGCUUAGAACUAUUAGCUUAUACUGAUUGGGGGAUAGGUACCAAAUAAUGAGGAAACUGGGAUCAAUAGGAUGUUCCCACUGGGGUCAGUUGCUGCACAGGCACUUAUUUUAAUUUAGAGUAGAGCUUAUCUCCAAAGGGACUUCUGACGCUAAUGUGUCAGGAGUUCAGAUGUGCUAGUACAGGAAAGUCCAUUUGCUGAGGGAAGAAGCCAGCACUCCAUUGGCACAGACACCAAAGCAGAACAAUCCUAGAAAGGUUUGCUGGUUCUAGCCUGGCCCCUUUGGAAGCCACUUCUCCCCUUUGAUAUAGCAGUGGGUGAAUGUGUUCAAAAGUAUGUUAUUUCUCUUUGGAAUUUGUUUGUAUAAUAUUUGGAGAAGUUAGAAUAAGGUAUCAUAGGGAGAGUCUUAAGGUUUAUUUGUUUUUUUUUUCCUUUCCCACACCACAUGCCAUCCAGCAGGACCCAGGGUCGUGGGUCUGACCUCUAGGCCUUUUUCCCAUCAUGUGCCUCCUGUAGGUGUUUCUCAAGCUUGAAUUCUGCCAUAUUCCUGAUAAGGAGACAAUUUCUUUUACUGGUCCCAGUUGUUAGGCUAGGGUCUGCAUUCCAUUUUUGCCAGGGUCUUCUCCAUAAGCUUGUCUCCUGCUCUUGCCUUUCUGGCCUUGUCAGUGUUUGAGAGAGUUUACUAAAACUCCAUUAUUUAUUACAGAUGGGCAAGUUUUAUGGUAGAAAUGAAUGUAUGGCCGUUAUGAUUUAUCAAAGUUACCUGGAAACCCCAGUACUACCCUUCCUCCAUUUUGUUUUUGUAGCAGCCUAAUCAAUGGUUUCUGACCAUCUCUGCCACAUUUGUAGGUUUGGUUCUGAAAGGAGGGAGAGAAAAAUAUAUAUAUAGAUCAUUUCCUUUCCUUUGGGUUCCCCACCUCAUGGUACUUGCUUAGUCCUGGGUGAUUCCUUUUAACUCCUCACUUCUGAUUGGAGCUGUGGAGUCUUUGGUACUCUAGCAUAGUAAGGAGGCAGCUUGAGCAGAGAACUGCUUGUAGCAGAUACUCUCCAUCCCCCACUCCCAGCUUUAGGUUUUGCCUGCUGUCCUAGAGAAUUUUAAGGGAUAGGGCAGGUACUUGAAGUACCUGGGAGCAAUUAUAGAUUUCCUCUCAUUUACUGGGUAGAAGAAAAUCAAGCACUUGCUGUAUUCUUUCACUUAUUUUCCUCCUAGAUGACCCUGUCUAAAACUUCAAAGGAAGGAAGAAGGAAGCUGUGUCAUGUUUUCCAAGUCAGACCCUCUAUAACUGUCCACCAGCUUUUCUCAUGGAGUAGUACAGUAGGUGAUCUCUUCUCUGGCUGUUUUUUCCCCCUCUUCCAAGGACCCUAGGCUGGAAAAAUAUUCUGUUUUACCUUAAAGUACCAGGAUUGUACCUCAAUAUUUUUAUGGCCUGAGGGCUCUGGCUCAGGGGUCCAGCCAAGACUGCCCAGAUAAGCUCAGACACAUUCCCUUCUUGCCUUCUCCGGGCCUAUACUGUGCUAUAUAUAUAAAAUCCUGUGACAAAGAUGGGACCUGAUCACCCCAGAAGCCUACUACUAUUCUCUGUACUGUUCUCAUGCUUUUUUAACCAUACAAGGAAGGCUGGGGAUGUAAUGUUAGCAAUGAGUCAAGCCAUGAGAGGUUUAAAUUGAGAAAUGUCGCAGACGUGGGGAACCUUAGGCCUCGAGGCCACAUGUGGCCCUCUGGGUCCUCAAGUGCAACCCUUUGACCGAAUCCAAACUUCAUAGAACAAAUCCCUUCAAUAAAAGGAUUUGUUCUGUCAAACUUGGGCUCAUUGUGGACACAUGUGACCUCGAGGCCACAGGUUCCCCACCUGGAUUUGUUGCAGAUCCGGCUUUCUUUCCCUUUGGUUAAGCUCCCAGAUUCAAAUGGUGGACUCAUGAAAGUGGUUGGGUAGGAGCACCGGCUGGCUAGAGGCAGGCCUUUCUAUUGGAGAACAUCCUUGAGAACCAGACCUAAGGCCCCAGCCCACACCUCAGGACCUUUUCCAGUUUUUGUUCGAGGUGUCCAGAAGGCAUUUCUUUGGAUUGCUGAGAAUGUUUUUUCUUUUAAAUCAGUGCUGUUCAUGAAAACUUGUCUUAAUAAAUCAUGCGUCUUUCCUUUGCCAUGG